UCUGAUUUCCUUGGACAACAUGGAUCUGUCGUUGACUAUGCAAAUGAGAGGAUCUGGGUUGUCGUCUGCUGAUCUGAGAGCCGAGCUGGACUGCUCCAUCUGCCGGAGCCUCUAUACAGACCCCGUGUCCCUGAGAUGUGGACACAACUUCUGCCGCUCGUGUAUUGUGAGUGCGCUGGAUGCGCAGGAGGCAGCUGGAGUGUAUUCCUGUCCUGACUGCAGAGCAGAAUAUCCGGAGCGUCCGGCCCUGGAGAAGAACAGCAAGCUGGGGAACAUGGUGGAGCAUUUCUUAUCUGCUCAGCCUGAUAUGGAGGAGACCGGGAUCUUCUGUACUUACUGUGAUUCUCCUGUACCGGCUGUGAGGACAUGUCUGCAGUGUGAGGCCUCGUUCUGUGAAAAGCACUUGAGUAGACACAGUAAGUCACCAGAACAUACUUUAGUUGAACCCAUUGUUACCUUGAAGGACAGAAAAUGCUCCACACACAAGGAGGUGCUGAAAUACUAUUGUCCUAUAGACGCCGCCUGUAUCUGUGUGUCCUGCUGGGUGGCCGGGGACCACAAGGGACAUAACGUGGAGCUACUGGACGUGGCCUCUGAGAAGGAGAAAGAGAAACUGAGGAAAUAUCUGGAGAAACUAAACCCACAAAAAGCAGAAAUUCAAACAAAACUUCAGAAUCUGCAGGAUCGUCAGAGGAAUAUCCAGGAGAAGGCCUCUGAUAAGAGGAAGAACGUCAGGAAGUUAUUUAUGGACAUUAAGAAACAACUAGAAAUGGCAGAAAAGAAAGCGCUGAGCGAGAUCUCCAGGCAGGAGGAGAAGAUUGUGUCCCAGAUAUCUGAUCUGAUCAAGAAGCUGGAAAUAGAGGCCGACGAGCUGCCCAGGAAGAUGCGUCACAUGGAGAAGAUGUGUCAUGUCACCGACCCAAUAAGACUCCUACAAGAAAGUGACAUUACAGUAUGUGGUCAUGGAGAUGAUGAGGACACAGGGGGAGAUGGUGGAGAGGGCAGGUCUGAGGAUGAUCUGGAUGAGGUUCUGAUCUCACUGACCUUACACCGAGCUAUGAGGGAUAUUGUCACCAAUGUCACAUCAGAGCUCGGGCUCCAUGUUCCAGACACAUUUCUGGAUGAGGACACUGCUAAUAUACAUGUGAAAAUAUCAGAAGAUCUGAAAACAGCAACAAGAUCAGUAAAUAAAUAUAUCAGACCAGAAUCACCAGGAAGGUUCCAGUUUGAUGCCCAGGUGUUAAGCAGAUGUGGCCUCUCCUCAGGAAGACAUUACUGGGAGGUAGAGUGGGACCAGAAAGAAGCAUGUGGCAUCGGACUGUCCUAUCCCAGUAUAGAAAGGGAAGGACUUCAGUCUAGUAUUGGAGAUAAUGAUAAAUCUUGGUGUCUGGUUAUGUCUAGUGCAGGAUUUGAAGCGUAUCACAACUCAGUCACAUCCCCCCUCAGUGUAGAUACAACAUGUCCUGGACUUGGCGUCUUCUUAGACUAUGAGGCCGGGCGUCUGUCCUUCUAUCAGCUGUGUGACCCCAUCAGACACUUACACACCUUCACCGCCUCCUUCUCUGAACCCCUACAUCUUCUCUUUGGUUUGUGGCCUAAAGCCUCUGUUAGAAUAAUAAGCUGAGGCCGACUCGUCCACGUCCCGUUAUAAUCUCCGCCUAUAAGUCACUAUAUAGCGCUGUUACUGUCUGCUGAGCUGUGUAUCUAAUCCUCUCCCGUGUGAUACUGAUUGUUGAGCUGUGUAUCUAAUCCUCUCCCGUGUGAUACUGAUUGUUGAGCUGUGUACUUUGCC